UUCUCUCUUUUGAAAUACAAUCAGUGGUUAUCAUUCCUCCUAAUACUCCCACCACCACCAACUACACCUCCUCAUCACACAUGUCCUAUCUCUCACCACCCUACACAGAUGAUGAUGAUGCCCGGUCAACAUCUUCAUCAUCAAAUAGUUCCACAAAAGGCUAUGAGACUAAAUUAGCCCUCAAAUUACGUUCGGUAGAUCCAGAAAGAGCUGCUCGUCUUGCAGCUCGUGCCGCUCGUAAUCGUGUUUCCGCUCAAAAAAGUCGUGAUAGAAAAAAGAAACUCGUAUCGGAAAUGGAACAAGAAUCCAAUCAGUUACGUGCAGAAAAGGCAGAAUUGGAAGAACGUGUACGAACAUUAGAAGGCUUGGUCAAGACUUUAUUGAUGAAUCAAAACCUAUCUCCGACAACUCAAAUGGAUCCUUUUUCGAUCGCAGCGCCACGAGAGAAUGUACUUUCGCCUACUGAUCUACUUUCCAAAUUCACUACAAAACCUUGCAAUCAAGUAUCAUCUCAUCAACAGCAAAGUAUAUAUGAUUCUCAUGCUUGCCUCCCAGCAGAGGAGGUGACAUUCAAUCGUCAUGAUGACAAUCAUGAACGGUCGAAUGCCCUGCAGCGGGCAUGGAUUCUAUCUUGGCUUACGAUGAGCGCAAAGGCUUUGACUUCAUUGGACACUUGUCAAACGGAUUCAGUGAAAGAGAUCACAAUGGCAUUGCAACACACUCUCAAAUCGGCAGCAGCAUCGAUACAAACGAAGGAUCACAAGUUGAGAAUACAGAGACGGGCUCCAAUUCAUCAGCGUCUACGGAACUCGGCCAGGACAUGUUCGAAACGCCGUUCUGCUUUACAUCAUCACCAUCUUCGACCGAUUCAAUGUCAUUAGCUGAAGAGAAUUUAUGGAUAGCACAAUGUCUUGAAUCGGCUGCUUUAGCGAAUGAUCAAGGGAGCACAAGAGAUUCGACGGUGCAUGAUGAACCUCAAAAGAUCGUUUGAGUUCAUGUAUCAGUAUGGAAUAUGGUGACGGGCAAGGAGAAAUCGAAUGCUUAGGACAAAGCUUUUGCUU